AUGUCCCAGACCAAGUUUGAGAAAGCCGUCAGCAUCGUCCAGGGCCUGCCCAAGGACGGGCCCAUCAAGCCUACGCAGGACGAGCAGCUCUACUUUUACUCGUAUUACAAGCAGGCGACUGUCGGGGAUGUCAAUAUUCCUAGACCCGGUCUUAUGGACUUUACGGGUAAGGCGAAAUGGGAUGCGUGGAAGAAGGUAGAGGGGACUUCCAAGGAGGACGCCUACUCCAAGUAUGUCGAGAAACUUCUCGAGGUUCUCAAGAAAGCCGACACGGAGGAGGCGAAGCAGCACAUUGUAGAAAUCGAAGCUGCAUAG